AAAGCACUCUGUGUGGGGAACAUGAGAGCCAGACCAAAGCUCAGAGGAACCAGCCUGGACCUCCACCCACUGUUUCAUCUAAGAGCAAACGGAUGAAGAAUUUCUUUCGUGAUUUAGGACGAAAAAAUACAUUGGAUAAAAAGAUCCAUCAGAGACCUGGACCUGAACCCAGGACUGUGUCCUUAAAGAGUGACUGGUCAGAAGAAUGUUUAAAUAAUUUUAAAGGAAAACAGUUUUCUGCUUCAGAAAGAAAGAUGAUGAAAGAACCUGUAGAAGAACCACUAAUCAAAGCAGCUUCAUCAGCAGAGGAGGAGCUUGUCAGGGUGCGAACAGCCUUUGUUUGGAGGGUGUCAACAGAAAUCCUUAAACAGCUCCUUGAGGCCCUGGUAACUGAUGGUGUCUUAAAUGAAUUAGAGAAAGAUUCAAUACUGGAAGGGAACCCUGUCAGAGCAGAUAAGGCCCGCUGCUUCAUCGAUACAGUAAGGAAGAAAGGGGACAAAGCCUCCAGGAUAAUGAUCCGACAUCUUCAGAUCAAAGAUCAAUCUCUUUUCUCUCAACUGCAUUUAUACUCUGAUCCAUCUGCUCAGCAAGAGGCUCUUCAAAAUUGUCAGCCUAGACUUAAAUCUGCUCUAAGGAAGAAGUUCCAGUGUGUGUUUGAGGGCAUCGCUAAAGCAGGAAACCCAACCCUUCUGAAUCAGAUCUACACAGAGCUCUACAUCACAGAGGGAGGGACUGCAGAGGUCAAUGAUGAACAUUGA